GCAGGGAAACCUUCUGGGGACUUGCACUUUUACUUCAGAUGUGUUUCUUAUCCAGGGUUUGAUUCCAAAAUUAUGAUGAACUCUGGAAAGAUCAAGCAGAAGAAAACCAAGCUGGACCACCUGAUGGACCGGCUGGUGAUCGUGAUCUUCCUGCUGCUUUUGGUGACGUCUCUGGGCCUCGCCGUCGCCUCUGGGUUCUGGGCCAGGACGUUCCAGGAGAAGCACAGCUACCUGGCUGCCCUCUACAAGCACACCAGCCCUGUCCAGCAGGCCUUCCUCAACUUCUGGGGCUUCACCAUCCUGCUGAGCGUCAUCAUCCCCAUGUCCAUGUACAUCACGUUUGAAUUCAUCUACCUGGUGAACAGUUGUUUUAUUAACUGGGACCUGGAGAUGUAUUAUGGUGCCAAGGACAUGCCAGCUGAAGCCAGGAGCACCAGCCUCAGCGACCAGCUGGGGCAGAUCGAGUACAUCUUCUCGGACAAGACGGGCACCCUGACACAGAACAUCAUGAGCUUCAAGAAAUGCUGCGUCAACGGGACCAUCUACGGUAACCUGGGCUGGGAUAAGUUUGUAGGGGCUCAGAUGAACCUGGAGCUGGUCCUUCCCACCCCUCCUGAGGGCUUGGGACAGGGGGAUUGCGACCCUGUGCUGAGGGAGUUCCUGAGGCUGCUGGCGCUCUGCCACACCGUCAUGGUGGAGGACAGGGGUGACCAGCUGGUUUACCAGGCAGCUUCCCCAGAUGAGGAAGCGCUGGUGUUGGCAGCCAGGAGCUUGGGCUACGUCUUCCUGGCCCGGACAGAGGACAGCAUCACCAUCAGGGAGCUGGGCAGGACCAGGACGUACGAGGUGCUGGCCAUGCUGGACUUCAACAGCGACCGCAAGAGGAUGUCUGUCCUGGUGCGAGACCCCCAGGGCACCAUCCGGCUCUACACCAAGGGUGCCGACACCGUCAUCCUGGAGAGGCUGCGGAGCCGAGGGCCCAGCGAGACCCUGACCAAGACGGCGCUGGAUCGCUUUGCAGAGGAGACGCUGAGGACGCUGUGCGUGGCCAGCAGGGAGGUGAGCGAGGCCGAGUUCCGCGCCUGGAGCCGGAGGCACCGCGAGGCCGCGGUGCUGCUGCAGGACCGUGCCCAGGAGCUGGACAGGCUCUACGAGGAGAUGGAGCAGAACCUGCAGCUGCUCGGGGCCACGGCCAUCGAGGACAAGCUGCAAGACGGAGUCCCCGAGACCAUCCAGCUGCUGAAACUGGGCAACAUCAAAGUGUGGGUGCUGACAGGAGACAAACAAGAGACCGCAAUGAACAUCGGCUACGCCUGCAGGCUGCUGACAGACGACAUGGAGAUCCUGGAGGAGAAGGAGGUCAGCGAGAUCCUCCAGGCUUACUGGGAGAGCAACAACAACCUCAGUGGCGGUGGGGACACCCCGUGCAGCCACCGCCCCUCCCAGGAGCGCCCAGAGGCUCUGUGCCACAAGAGAGCCAUCAUCAUCAGCGGGGACUUCCUGGACAAAAUCCUCCACACGGGAGAGGUGCUGAAGGAGAAGAAGGGGUGGCCGUGGCGGUGGCUGUGCUGUGAUGGGGCCGAGGCCUCGCAGGACCAGGGAGGUCUGGUGGAGAAGGCCUUUGUGGACCUGGCCACCAGCUGCCAGGCCGUCAUCUGCUGCAGGGUGACCCCCAAGCAGAAAGCCCUGAUCGUGCAGCUGGUGAAGAAGCACAAGAAGGCCGUCACCUUGGCCAUCGGGGAUGGCGCCAACGAUGUCAACAUGAUCAAAACCGCGGACAUCGGGGUGGGCAUCAGCGGGCUGGAGGGGCUGCAGGCCGUGCAGUGCAGUGACUACGCCCUGGCCCAGUUCUCCUUCCUGCAGCGCCUGCUGCUCGUCCACGGCCGCUGGAAUUACCUGCGCAUCUGCAAGUUCCUCCGCUACUUCCUCUACAAGACCUUUGCUGGCCUCCUGGCCCAGGUGUGGUUUGCUUUCCACAGCGGAUUCACGGCCCAGCCUCUGUACGAGGGCUGGUUCCUUGCUCUCUACAACAUUUUCUACACUGCCUACCCCGUGCUCUCCGUGGGCCUUUUGGAGCAGGACGUGAGUGCCAAGAAGAGCCUGGAGUUCCCUGAGCUCUACGUGGUCGGGCAGCAGGACGAGCUCUUCAAUUACCGCGUUUUUGGUGUCACCCUCCUGCACGGGGUGGGCACCUCCCUCAUCAGCUUCUACAUCGCGCUCUGGGCCUUUGAGGACCACGUGGGCACCAAGGCUGUGGGUGACUAUGAGUCCUUCUCUGUCACAGUGGCCCUGUCAGCGUUGCUGUCGGUCCUCGUGGAGAUUGUCCUGGACACUCAGUACUGGACAGUGUUGUCCUUCCUGAUGGUCACAGCCAGCCUGCUCUUCUUCUGCCUCUUCUCCUUCCUGACCCAAAGCGUUGAUGCCUUCAGGAUCGCCCCUGCCAUCUUCCGCUUCCCAGAUGCCUGCUGGAAUGCCCUGACCGACCCCUAUGUGCUGCUCGUGGUCCUGCUGUCCCUGGUGGCCAACACCAUCCCCUCGCUCGCUGUCCGUGCCUUCCGUGCCGUCCUGGGCAGAGCCACGGCCCAGCAGAAGAUCCACCUGAAGGCCAAGCGGGAUCCAGAGCCCUCGGUGGAGCUGCGAUCCCACGUUCCCCGCGGCUCCUUCCACCGCCGCUCCAGCUACGCCUUCUCCCAUCAGGAGGGCUACGCCGGCCUCAUCACCCGCGGGGACAGUCUGCGUGCCAGGGCCACCCUGGGCACCUCCCCGGGUCCCCUGCCACCCCAGGGCACCCCGGCCGUGUCCUCCCUGCUCUGCCCCUCGGUGUAGCCCCGCAGCAGGGCGCACACCUGGCUCUGCCCUCCGCCUUUAAUCUUCCUUGGGGGUUUUGCAGCCCCUGCGGUUGCAGAGGGGCUGGUCCAGCCUGGGGGGCUCCUGCUGUGGGUGCUGAGCCCUGGGCUGGGCCCUGCAGUGGCCCCAUGGCCCCACACUGCUGCACAUGGUGCUGGAAAGCUCUGGAAGCCGCUGCCCGCUGCCACUGGGCUCAGCCCCUCGCCCUGGGACACCUGGCUGGCAGCACAGCCCCUUCCCUCUGCUGAGUCCUUGGAACCGGGGCUUCCUCUUGUGUGAGGCACAUCCCACCCCAGGCUGGACCCACAAAAGCAGCGCUGCUGACCCAGACUCAUUAACCCACCUCGGAAUUAAUUAAAUGUCCCGAUGGAGAGCAGCGUGGGCUGGGUGGGGGUGCAGCCCCUCAGCCCUGCUCAUUCCCACCCCCAGGGGACUGAGCUGCAGUGGCUGCACGAAGAACCUUUUGUGUUCUCCACCAAGGGCUGGUGACGAUCCUGUGGCUUUUCUGUCAUCAAACAGGUCACAGAAUCCUGCAGUGGUUUGGGUGGGACCUUAAAGCUCAUCUCAUUCCACCCUCUGCCAUGGGCAGGGUCACCUCCACCAGCCCAGGUGGCUCAGACUCGAGCAGUGUAAUUUUAAAAUAUCCCCUAAUUUCUGGAGAAGCAGCCAGGUUUGAUUGAUUAAUUAAUUAAUUGAUUGAUUGAUUUAUUGAUCACCUGCAGGUUUUUCUUCUCCAGCCAGACCAGCCUGGCUCCUGCAGCCCUCCUUGUCACUCCCCACCACUCUCAGCCCCUGCCUUUGCUGUCCCUGCACAAGGGGCAGUGCUCUCUAUGUGCCUUGUCCCAUCUCCACACCACUCCCCUGUCUGGUGUCCCCACCUUUGGGGACAGCUUACACCCACAGGCUUUGCAAAGUCCCAAAAAGCACUUCUGGGGGGGAUGUGGAUAAGUUCUCCCUGGUGGGCACAGGGGACACAUCCCACAGAGCCAGGGCCACCAGCAGUGGCUGCUGGAGAAGUUGUGUGUGAACUGGAUCACCCUUAUUAGGGUUUUGGUUUUAAUUAAAAUGAUGGUUUAGCUUUUA